UGCGGCCGCUGCGUUCCCCAACCGCGUCCGGGAGGGGGACCGCAGAGGGACCGAGCCAAGCGCUGCGCAGUCGGACACUGACGGGGGAGCGAGCGGGCGACGCAGGGUUUGCAGCGCGGAGCAGAAACAGCCAGCAGGGAGCUCCAGGACCGGCGGGAUGGGGUCAGCCUGCAUCAAAAUCACCAAAUACUUUCUCUUCCUCUUCAACCUGCUGUUCUUUAUCCUGGGUGCGGUGAUCCUGGGCUUUGGGGUGUGGAUCCUGGCCGACAGGAGCAGUUUCAUCUCUGUCCUGCAAACCUCCUCCAGCUCACUCAGCAUGGGGGGCUACAUCUUCAUCGGCGUGGGGGCAGUCACCAUGCUCAUGGGCUUCCUGGGCUGCAUCGGCGCCGUCAACGAGGUCCGCUGCCUGCUGGGCCUGUACUUUGCCUUCCUCCUCCUCAUCCUCAUCGUCCAGGUGACUGCCGGGGUUCUCUUCUACCUCAACGUGGGCAAGCUGAAGCAGGAGAUGGGCAGCAUCGUGACCGAGCUCAUCCGGAACUACAACAGCAGCCACGAGGACAGCCUGCAGGAGGCCUGGGACUACGUGCAGGCCCAGGUGAAGUGCUGCGGCUGGGUCAGCUACUACAACUGGACGGAAAACGCCGACCUCAUGAGUCGCACCGAGGUCACCUACCCCUGUUCCUGCGAAGACAAGGGGGAGGAGGAUGACAGCCUCUUCCUGAGGAAGGGCUUCUGCGAGGCAACUGACAACAGUACCCAGAGCGGCAACAGCCCCGAGGACUGGCCUGUGUACAAGGAGGGCUGCAUGGAGAAGGUGCAGGCGUGGCUGCAGGAGAACCUGGGCAUCAUCCUCGGCGUGUGUGGGGGCGUCGCUGUCAUUGAGCUCCUGGGGAUGCUGCUGUCCAUCUGCUUGUGCCGGCACGUCCAUUCCGAAGACUACAGCAAGGUCCCCAAGUACUGAGGCCCCACCUCCCCAUCCCCCAACCUCAGGGCUCCCAGGGGUCCCCCUGGCCCCCUGCUCCAGGCCCGCCUCCCACCUCGCUGCCAAGGCCCCUUGCCCGCCUGUGCUGACGGGCCAUGGGGGGCGUUCUGGGGCCCGGCCUCCGUCCCUGCCUUUCUGCCGCCAGCCUCAGCUCCUGGCUGCUCUGCGGCACCCCCGCCCGCUGCUUGCCGGGGUUCUCUCGACGCCCCUACGGCGUCCCUACGCAGGCGGGCUGGACUUGACCUGCCCUUGAGGCCAUGUGUAUUGUACAGGGGAACGUGUAUUAAAAAUUGAGGGGGGGUAUCAGAGGACUACCCACUGGGUGGGUCAACUUUUCCCACUAUGACACUUAUGUCUGUGUUUUUACAUUUUUAUCGAAGGUGGUGGGACGGGGUGGGCCCCACCUGACACUGGGGGCAGCACCCCUCCCCAGCCUGACUUGGCCCCAUCCAGGCAGCUCAGAUAAUCCGGGGCCACGCCGUGGGGGCAGCACCCGGGCGAGCUGGGCCAAAGAGGGUGUGCCCCGUGAGGGCAUCUGGCCUGGCCCCAGGGGUGUGGCACAGAGCUGGCCCCGCCUUCUCCACGAUCCUGAGCUCCCCAAGGAAGGGGACGAGGAGGAUGCCUUCUCUGGGAGAAGCUGGGUUGGCCUCUGGCAGCAGACUGUCCUCUGGCCCCCGGCAGUGGGUGGGUGAGGCUGUGCCUUGGGGGGGAGGGGGCGGGGGUCUGUGUGCACAGUUCUGUAAAACAUAUUCAGGAUGCUAAGACUGACUAUUAAAGAGGAUUUGUAACCA